AUAUAAUAUUGUAUUUAUUUUGCCUGAACCGGCUGCAAAACUCUCCGAUGCCGAGAUGCCGAGUUGUUUUCGGCGUUUGUUCGGGAUUGACUGCUCUCCCGGUAGGAUGAUUCACUCGAUUUCUAUACUUGAUUCUACCGUUCUAGACUGCUCGAUUCGUACUCUACAUUUUAUACCAGUUACUACAUACUGCCUCAGGCACAUUACACAUCACCCCCUCUGUCAAGACAACCCGGCUCAAUCUACACGAUGAAACACCUCCACAUCUCGAAUUUCUCCGUCCUCCACGGACAAUUCAGCCUGUGCUCUGUUCUAUCCAGUUGAUCAAUUAGCCUAAACCACCCACUUACCCUCCCGCAUUGCGGGGUCUUAAAGCUCCGUUCCUCCCCUCCACCUUUCUCCCCACCUCCCCUCAAUCCUCUCUCCUCUCUCCUACACUCUUCAGACAUACAUCCAUCAUGGACCCCAACGCUGUCAAAUUCACCAAUCUUGGUGCCAUCAUCCAGGAACUCCACGUCGACGGCCAGAACCUCGUCCUCGGGUUCGCCAACAAAGACCUCUAUCCCCCCCACAACGCCCCCUGGUUCGGUGCCACCAUCGGUCGCGUCGCCAACCGCAUCAAGAACGGCGUCAUCCAGAACCUCAACGGUCGCAGCUACGAGCUCGAGACCAACGACGCCCCCAACGCCCUCCACGGCGGCAGUCGCGGCUGGGGUCGUCGCGACUUCGAGGGCCCCACCUGGGUGCGCCGCCACGGCCACGACGCCCUCCUCUACACCUACCGGUCCCCGCACCUCGAGGCCGGCUUCCCCGGCACCGUCGACUUCAAGGUCUUCUACACCCGCAGCGAAGAGUCCGUCGAGGGCGCCACCCGCACCGUCCUCACCAUCGAGUACGAGGCCGAGCUCGUCGACGACGGCAACGACGACGGCUGCACCGAGACCGUCGUCAACCUGACCAACCACAGCUACUUCAACCUCUCCGGCGCCCCCACCGUCGCCGGCACCACCGCCCGCCUCGUCACCCCGGACUACUGCCCCCUCGACAAGACCGGCAUCCCCACCGGCACCAUCGAGCCCUUCCCCCGCAGCGUCACCGACCCUUUCCCCAUCGGGCCCGACCACCCCGCCUUCGACGACGUCUUCAUCAUGGACAAGGACGUCGCCGCCAUCCCGCUGGAUACGCGCUCCCGGCCGCUGCGCCUCCUGGCUGAGUUCGAGCAUCCGGACUCGCACAUCCACCUGCAGGUGCACAGCACCGAGCCCGCCUUCCAGUUCUACACCGGUGCCGGCACCGAUGUCCCCGCCGUCGACGGCCACCCGGCCCGGGGGCCGUUCUCUGGCUUCUGCGUUGAACCCAGUCGGUUCGUGAACGCGAUUAACGAGCCGGAGUGGCGGGGGAUGGUCGUGCUGCGGAAGGGGGAGACUUACGGUAGUACCAUUGUGUACAAGGCGUGGCGGGCGUGAUCUCAUCGAGAUAAUAAAAGGACUUACUUAGAUAGUAGCUUAUGACAUCUAUGAUCGAACUAGUUCACGUAUAUCUCGAGUCAGGUGGAAUCGUAG